AUGGUUGGUUUAUCAGCCCACGGCGCGCUCUUUCUGUGCACCUUCCUCCAGCUGUUCUCCCUGCCCGGCGGACAGGUGCCAAACUGCCAGGAGGUGCGCACAGUGUUUCAGUCUCUACACCCGGGCUCCAAGUGGGUCCCUGAAACACCAGUGUCAGGUGCGGAUCUGCAGAUUUGCCAAACCAAAGGCCCAACCUGCUGUUCCAAGAAGAUGGAGGAGCGGUAUCAGGUAGCCGCACGCAGCAACAUGGAGUCUGGUCUACAGGUUGUCAGUGCUCAACUCAAACGUAUCAUCAUCCAGAACGCCGCCAUAUUUCAAGAAGCUUUUGACCUGGUGCUGCGUCAUGGACGUAACUCCACCCUGGCCAUGCUGAAGGCUGAGUUCCCAGGCCUUGGACCUGUAGCCCAGAGCUCAGUGGGGCAGCUCUUCCUUGAUAUGUCGCUCUACAUCCUGGGCUCAGACUCCACAGUGGACCACAUGGUGGCGGUGCUCUACGGCCGCCUUUUCCCCCUGAUAUACCGCCGUCUGCUGGGGGGCAGUGGGUCUUCCGUGUCAGAGGAGUGUGUCAGAGGAGCCUGGAAGGACUCAGAAGCAUUUGGCCCUUAUCCCAAACACAUGAUGACCCGUCUGUCCCGCUCUCUCCUGGCCACACGAGUCUUCCUGCAGGCGUUGAACCUGGGCAUCGAGGUUGUCAACACCACAGACCACCUGCGGCCCGGCCGGGACUGUAGCCGUGCCCUGCUGAGGCUUUGGUACUGCCCGCACUGCCAGGGCAUGCUGGGGCCGCCAGCCUGCAGAGGCUUCUGCCAAGCAGUGAUGCAAGGCUGCCUGGGGGGAGCGGCCGAGGUGCAGCCUCACUGGAGGACCUAUGUAGAUGGAUUGGGGAAGUUGGCUGGCGCCAUGAGGGGGGAGCAGGACAUGGAGGCUGUUGUUCUCAGACUGCCCUCAAUGAUCAAACUCGCCCUCAAGCACGCUGUGAAUGCCCGAACUCGCCUCAGCACCCUGGUGAGCGGGAUGUGUGGACACACUCCUCAGCGGGUCUCUCGCUCCGUUGCAUCCUCUCUUCCCCAGCCUCCUGCUGCCUCUGUAGCCCGCAACACCCAGCUCUCAUCCUUGGAUGCCGAUGAGACUUUGGCGGGCCUCCGCAGGGAGUUCAUAUCCAGCCUGAAGAGGUUCGGCUCAUUCUACAGCGGUCUUGGGGAGGCGCUGUGCAGCCGUGAACCUGCUCCAGCAAACCACUCCCUCUGCUGGAAUGGGCAGGAAAUGACAGACAGGUUUGCAGGUCCUGGCCUGAAGCGGGCGAACCCCGGCUCAGAGUCCCGAAGCAACAAGCCUCCUGAGCCAGUCAUCAGCCAGAUCAUAGACAAACUCAAGCACAUCAAUCAGCUGCUGCGGCAUGUGACGGUAUCCGAGAAGCGCUGGAGAGCCCGGUCGCGUGGAGGUGGUGGAGGAGGAGGAGGAGUUGACGGGUGGAGUGACGAAGGGGAAGAGGGAUUCGAAAGCGGUGACUGUGACGACGAAGACGAGUGCACUGGGGUGUCCGGACUGGGGCCUCCGCCGAGACGCAAACGGUUACGCAUCUUUGCAGACCUCGCUGAUAAUCUGGCAAUGGACGACUUCACCUUCCAGGAGCAGCUGCUGACCCCUCGGUUAGCCACGGCCGGUGUGGGAGGCGUUUCCUCACCUGCGGCUCCGCUGUGGAGGAACUACCUGGUCUUGAUGCUCCCUGCUCUCCUUCUGCUUUGUCACCACUGACCAUCUGCCCUGUGCACUCACACACUCCCAUUACCGCCUAUCCCCCAGGAUUCGAUACAAACUCUGUGGAACGUGAUAAACUUUUUUAAAGCUCUGGUUCCCGAUGUAAAGUUCGGUGGCUCAUCAAAGGAAGCAUUAACAACCAGAAAAUGCCACUUUGUCUUUAUCUAUCUCAACAAGAACUUCUUCUGUCUCUUUCAAAAUCUGUUAAAAAUCACUGGAUGUUCUCAGUAAACCAAUUAAAGCACACCAGAUAAACUUAAGGCAUUGUGUAAAUAAGAAACAUGCCCUCUGGUCCACUCUCACUAUGGUUAUCCCAACAUUUGUACCCUUCAGCACCUUUCCCUUGUGCUCCCAUACUGACUUCUGGGCCCUCAUUAGAAAGCUUUGUCAUCGACCUGCAGGUGAGGAGCUACUUGUAAAAGAGACGCAUAACAGACCUUUUUAAAAUGCUCCAUCUCUCAGUCUGCACUGAGUGUUCUCACCCUGCAGGAAAAAACUGGAAGAAAAAGAAGUCAUCAACCUCUGCAACUCCUGCCAGGACUGACCAUCAGCGGGGGAGUUUUAGUCAACUCACAGACUGAGGUGAAACCCUCAUAUAAAGAUGCACUGUACCUUGAAAUGCUCUGUUAGAACUAAAAUCUCUCUUUUCUCUCUCAUUGUUUGUGUCCUAGCUAGAUCAAUUAUUUCAGACUGAUUCUCUCAACUCAAGUAUCACUCCAACUGUCAGUGUUUGCUUUACUUUGUAAUGCUGGUCCAUUUUUUAAAAACAGUAACAGCUCUAUAGUGAAAAAAUAUUCAAGGGCUAUCAUAAGAGUAUAACUCAGCCUAAUAACUGUACAUAUGUAUGUUUCUCUGUAUUGGUGCCAUGUUUACAAAAAUAUGUUGAUUUGCAAAAUUGGCAUAUUUCACAUGAUAUUGGUGGAUUGAAGCAUUCCUGCAAAUUUCUAGCUUAUUGUUUAGCACUGUGGGUAAAGCAAGGAGUAAUAUGAACUGCAAAUAUGUAUGAAAAUGUGUGUAGAUUAAUUUUGUUAUGUUGGUUUGCACUGGGCUCCUAUUAUUUAUUGUUUAUGUUUUUUUUAGGUUGUUUUUUUUAAAGACUGACACACGUGUGAUGACACAGAUUAAAAGCUCAAAGUGUAUCUGCUGCUGCUGCCACCCAGCUGACUUCACAGCAGUGAGUGUAGUCUGUGCUGCUAGCAGAUCAUUUAACUUGUGAUAUCAGUAAAUGCCUAGGUGUAAUGAAUAACAAUAAGGAUGGCUCUGCUGCAUUUAGGUGUGCCAGCAAGUCAUGUCAGUGAGCCACCAUGCAGAGCACCAGAGCCUCCAUGCUGGUAUCCUUAAUUAGAGUUAUUUGUCAUGAGAAAGAUCCAUCAAAAGGCCGGGCCAAUGUUAGACCAGAGGUAAUAAUUCAAUGACUGCUAACAUGUUUCUUUAAUUUAUUUUUCCAGUUGCGAUGUUGUUGGGGAAAGUAAACUGUAAAAUAAACUCGCACCAUGUUUUA